AUGCGUGCGCCUAUGCCCAUUGCGUUGCUUUCACUGGCGGUUUCAACAGUUGGAAGUGUGGUUUCACAGCAUGCAGGGAAGUCUCACUCGGCAGACUACAACAACUUGACUGUCGCGAUUGUCCGCGCUCCUCCGGCAAAUUGGCCACUGCCUGUCAUGAACAAAAACUGGACAGGCGUGGAAUUUGAUCUCAACAAAACAGUGACCAAAGCAGUGGGACUCAUUCAUGAGGCUGCUGAGAAUGGUGCAAACCUCGUGGUCUUCCCCGAAUUAUGGUUCCCUGGUUAUCCCAAAGGAAUGGCCGACAAAGCCUCAAUCGCAUCCCAUGCCGAGAGCUACAUCAAUAAUUCUUUGGUGAUUGACAGUCCUCAAUGGAAUGAUCUGAAAAAGGCUGCCAAAAAUUCCAAAGUUUACAUCGCUCCUGCAUUCUCCCACCACACCAACGGUACCAUAUACAUGGGUCAAGCGCUCAUCUCUCCCGAGGGUGAAGUGCUUCAUCUUCGUCACAAGCUUCGACCCUCCGGCGGCGAGCGCGAGAUCUGGUCCGAUGGAACCGUAGAAGGCCUGAAGGUUAUUGCAACUCCAUAUGGACGCUGGGGGCUGCUGGAAUGUUGGGAACACUUCCAUCCAGCGAUGACAUUUAACAUGCAAUCUCAGGUCGAGACGUUGCAUAUCGCUGCUUGGCCUUAUAUGCCAGAGGAAGGAGACAAAAGUGCUGAAUAUUGGGAAGCCAUCGAAGUAAAUGGAGCUGCUGCACGCACUUACGCUGUCAACGCCGCAUCGCCGCUUGUGAUGGCAGCAGUUGGAAAUGCGAAGUUCUUCAGCAGUCAAGGACUGGAUCUCACACAGAGUAAUGAUUCUGCGUUUACCGAAGAUGUUCCACUCAUCUACUCGUCCUUUAACACGACCGGACUUUCGAACACGGCCCCUUAUGAUCCAAAUUCUGAACAGUCCUGGGGAAUCUUGGAGCAAAUCCAUCAAAGCUUUCCGUCGUAUAUUCCGAAGAUUGCGGGAGACUUCGUGCUGCGCGUCUACAACCCCAUCUCGAGUCUCCUUCAAGCAGCGAAUGAGUAA